AUGCAGUAUCCCAGCCUGAAUCAUUUGAAUGCCUCGAAAGCAAACACUUCCACUCCUCCUACCUACCAUCCACCAAUUGACCCCACCCCAACAUUCAAAGCACCCAGCCCGGCCAAACUAUCUACACACCACUCACCUCACCUCCAAGUCUCACCGGCUAUCAACAUGCCCAACCCAAAACAAAAAGCAACAGUAGUCAUCUACUGGCACCGAACAGACCUCCGCCUCCACGACUCCCCAGCCCUACAAGCCGCCCUAUCCCUAAACCCAACAACCUUCAUCCCGCUCUGGACCUGGGACCCGCACUACGUGUACAAAUCCCGCGUCGGCCCAAACAGAUGGUCCCACCUCCUGCAAUCACAAACGGACCUUUCAAAAUCCUACAAGGCACUCAACCCGCACCAAAAGCUGUGGGUCGUGCGCGAAGCGCCGCAGACCGUUCUGCCGAAGCUCUGGGCGCGGUGGGGCGUGACGCACCUUGUUUUCGAGAAGGAUUGCGAUGCUUAUGCGCGGGCGCGGGAUGAGGUUGUUGUGCGGUUGGCGGAGGAGGCCGGCGUUGAGGUUAUAGUUCGGAGCGGGCGGACUUUGUUCGAUGUUGAUGAGAUUGUGGCGAAGAAUGGGGGGAAGGCUACGAUGAGUAUGGCGCAGGUUGAGAAGGCUGUUGAGAAAAUUGGAAAGCCGGAUAGGCCUGUUGAUGCGCCGACUGCGAUUCCGGACCCGUUGGAGUGGGAUGGGAUGGAUUUGACGGGGGUGGAGGAGGAGGGUGAUGGGGUGUUGGAGGAUGGGGUCGAUGUGAAUUCCGUUCAUCGCUCCGGGACGGAUAAGCAGUAUGCGGGGAUUAUGGGGCCGGGGAGGGACUUUGGCGUGCCGACGUUGGAGGAGAUUGGCAUUGAUGCUGGAGAUGUGCGGACGCCGCAUUGUGGAGGGGAGAGUGUUGCGUUGCGACUUCUUGCCCGGUGUAUUGCGGAUGAGGAGUAUAUUGGGCGAUUUGAGAAGCCGAAUACAUCGCCUGCGGCGUUUGAGCCGCAGUCGACGACGCUGCUUUCGCCGCAUCUGCAUUUUGGGACGUUGUCUGUACGGAAGUUUUGGUGGGAUGUGCAGGAUGUUAUGGAGCGGCGGAGGAAGGCUAAGAAGAGCAAUGCUUCUAUUCCGACGAAUUUGCCGGGGCAAUUGCUCUUCCGUGAGAUGUAUUUUGCUGCGCAUGCGGCUGUUGGAGAGCCGUUUUGUCGGACGUAUGGGAACCCGAUGGUUAGGUUUAUUGAUUGGCAUUUGCAGAGUAAGUCCCCGGAGGAGAUUGCGCAUGGGGAUGCGGGGGAUAAAUUGUAUGAAGUGGACUCUGAUGAGGCGGAGGUGUGGUUUCUACGAUGGAAGGAAGGGAGGACUGGGUUUCCUUGGAUUGAUGCUUUGAUGAGACAGCUUAAGCAGGAAGGUUGGAUUCAUCAUUUGGGUCGACAUAGUGUCGCGUGCUUUCUAACGCGGGGUGGGUGUUAUGUCAGUUGGGAGCGAGGAGCUGAAGUAUUCGAGGAGAUGUUGAUCGACCACGAAACGGCGUGCAAUAUCGGGAACUGGAUGUGGCUCUCCUGCACAGCAUUCUUCGCCCAGUUCUACCGGUGCUACUCGCCCAUCACUUUUGGCAAAAAAUGGGAUCCAGAAGGUAACCUGAUUCGGAGGUACUGUCCGGAGCUAGCGAAGUUUGAUAAGAAGUACAUCUACGAGCCAUGGAGGGCGCCAAUCGCCGAUCAGCAGAAAUGGGGGUGCAGGGUCACUGGUGAUGGCAGCAGUUCGACCAAUGAGGACGGUAAUAUCUAUCCUAAGCCAAUGUUUGAUUUUGAUCAGCGACGGACGAUCUGUCUUGACGCCAUGAAAAACGCAUACCAUGUUGGACUGCAUGGGGAUGAUAAGGAGGUCAAGGAUGGAUCGUGGCGGAAGGCCUUUGGUCUAGAUGAGGGCGGCAAGAGGCCUAAUAAGAAGCAAAAGACGUAG